AUGGAUAAUCAACCGCCCCCUGCCUUCGGUGGCCACCCGAACUUCGCGCAACAGUGGCCUCCCCCAUACCCUCCAAUUAUGCCCUCCGAUUUCCCCUCGAAUACUGAGUAUCAUGCUUCUGCUCAAAUUCCACCACCGAAUCCUGCUCAACAUCUGGAUGCCAACAUGGCGAGCUUCUAUGCGAACUCUCACUUAGCUGGAGCCGCAAGUCACACUCAUCCGGGUCUCUUUUUCCCGCCUCCUUUGCCGUACAUGAAUCAAUUUCAAACGUCUCAGCAGCCACUUUCCGCAUUCCCGCCUAUCCCAAUGCAAUCUUUGGGGUACCCAAUGAUGCCAGCGCUACCAGGGUCCUCCAUCCCACCACCGACAUCCGCGGAUGCACAAGCGCCUCAUUCGAAUCGACAGUCUCAUGUCACGUCUGCUUUUGUUGAUCGCAAUCGCGAAGAAGGUGAGAUCAGCGAGGAGGAAACUAGACCGUCGGCGACCUCACAAAAGACGAGCAGGAGCAAGCGAGCCAAGCAAAAGCGAGCCUCAAGCCAGCUUUCUGAUCUAGAAGAUGGUGAAACCAUGUCAUCACCAUCAGUCUCUUCAAGCAGAAGUAGUUCCCCCUACAACCCUUCCUUGCCAGUGGCUGCCGAUCCCGAAGUCGUUAGUCAGGCAAUCGAGAUGCAGAAGCGGGAAGCAACCGCUACCGCUCCCAAGGAUACUCGGGGUCUUGUCUCAGCAGGGCAGCUCCGUCUUCGCGCACAGGGCGCCCUGCUCAGCCUGAAACCUCAUAACAUUUCGUAUGAGGAGCUGGUGGCAGAAGGUCUUAACCCUAGAAUUCUGCGGCAGCUUUAUGAACAGGUCGGCCUGAGAAUAGCCCCACAGGCUGAUAAACCCAUCUCUCUUACAAAUAACCAUCCUGCCUUGUCGACUAAGCAGACAGCUCCUGCUGUGCCAAAGAAGAUCGAUCAUUCUCGCCGGAAAUCUUCAACCGCACCCCCUACUCCUGCACCUCCUGCACCCUCGGUCUCUAAGCCAGAGACAGGGAAGCCUAUGGAAAGAAAAGAAGUGAUCGCAAGGAUGCUUGCAGCCAAAGCCGCCAAGACAUCUGCGGUGCCAGCCAAGUCAGCGCCAAAGGAGUCGCAAGCUACUUCGCCCACACCUGUGUCGGCUACUCCCGAGGAGCCCAAGGCGAAAUCAAACAUCGUCACUGUGAGAGAGAAGAACAAAGCUCAAACCGAGUUGGCAAGGCAACGAAUCGAGGAGCUGAAACGACAAGCACUCUUGAAAAGCCAAGAAAAGUCCCAAUUUGCCCAGAGCAGUCCAGAUUCCCAAGUGGAUUCUCUUGCAGGGUCAGCCGUUCAACACCCACUUCCGGUUCGCCCUCCAAUACCCCAGCCUUCCGAUGCUGCUUCAAUCCCAGGUCUAGUCAUGACUGAAUCCAAAAACGACGCUGGCUUGCAACCUUCUAUCGAGGCCUCCCAGACAAUAAACGUGGAUUCGACACCUUUGUCACGGACUUCCCAUCGCAAAAGGCCUCGUGCGUCAGAUUUUGACGAGCCAGAUGCAGCUGCCAAGCGACCUUCAGGGUAUGAGAAAGGCCCCGUGGGUCAUACAGAUCGCCUUGUCAUUGAAUUUAGUGACGAUGAUGAAUCAUUUUAUGGAGAUGAUCCCGAUACAAUGAAGAUUGACUCUGAUCAAGAUCAACCCACCACAUCCAUUACCACUCUGGAUAUAUCUCGGCCGGUCCUUCAGAAAUACCCAUCUUCUACAUCAACACCGCAGGGUCCCUCCUGGCAAAGUGAUAACGAAAACAUGCGACAAAAGGACUUGGAGAUUCAAGAAAUGCAUCGUAAAAUAGCAGAACUUGAAGAGCGACGAAAAGCGAAGCUUGUUACCAGUCGAGCCGAGUCCCCUCGCACCGUGAAUGAUUCUGCAUCAUCAUCACCAUCAUCCUCGGAGUCUCCUUUCGUUGCACAAUCAAUUCCUGUGGAUGCCGAUGUGGCUAAAGCCUCACAUGUCUUGACCGCCGAGACCGCCGACAAGAAGGAUCAAAAUAGGACGGAUCUGCCCGAUAAAUCAGUUCCUAUCGAGUCUCUCGAUGAGUCCUCCGUGGAAGCCCUACGGCGCCAGGCAGAAAUCAAGCAAAACCCGGUUACCGAAGAAUUAGUCUCCGUCCCAUCACAAACAUCCGCAGAUAUGAAGAUCCAAUCGAUGACUGAUGCUCCCGCCUCUGAGCCCCAGCCGACUGUGGCAGCCCUGUCGUUCACUCAAGGAUGCGAAGUCGCACUCCCUGUGGGUCUUACUCGCAAUUCAACCGAGGUAUCAAGCUCACCUCACUCUGAAUCUAUGAGCUCUGCAAUGGAUGAAUCGGAGGAUAUCUCCAGCCCAAGCCAAGAUUCUCCCGGCGAGAAUGAAUAUGCUGCACCUGGUGGACAACAAACGCUAGAUCCACUGGCGACCUCGUUCCAACCACAAAAUGAAGGCUCCGCUUCUAUGCCGGAGAUCCCUGGAUCUUCCGAAGACGAAUCUUCAGAUUCCCUUAACAGUGAUGCUAGUUCAAGCGAUCAAGAGUCUCUUAUGGAUGCAGAACAUUUGAAUCUAGAUCAUUCUUCUCUGGAAAAUCCGUCGCCGGCAUUGGAUGGAAAGAAUAUCCCAUCACAAGAUUCCGGAAAUAUGGACACGCGCAGUGAGCGUUCCAAUCAUGAAUCCGGAUCAGAGUCGGAGUCGGAGUCAGAUGAAUCAGAAGCAUAUGAGCCUCCUGAGCCGGAUGCUUCUACUGAACCCAAUUCCCCUUACAGCCCUCCUUUCAGUCCCGCUCCUCACGUUCCUGUAGAAAAAGACCAGGAAAUUCCAGCCGUCUCGCUGGAUGGUACUCCAGCUGAUGAUUCACUAACUGGCGCGCCUCAGGUGGCCACUUCAGAAUUACACCCUUCUCUUCAGGUUGAAACCCUCGGUAGCAAUACUUCUACAGCAGUGACUCCCGGCUCAAAAUUCACGCCGUACAUAAGCCCUCUGCGUCACUUCAAAGCAUACCGUUACCACCCGGCCUUUACCGAUGAUGUUUCGAGCGGCUAUCGUUCGCUAACCUACAGCCAUGACAUUGAUGCGAUGAAAUAUUUUUGCCCGUAUGAAAUGGCCGGUGGCGUCUGCAAUGAUCGGUCUUGCGAAUUUCAGCAUUUCCGGGAUAUCAAUCUUAGCGAUGACAAGAUCCUGAUCGAGAUGGGCUCUGUCCGUGAAGGCCAAACCGAAGAAGAAAAAGAAACCUAUAUCGCUGGGUUGAAGGGAAUUAUCAACGAAAUGCGACGUGACAAGGUGAAAGAUUUCAGCACUGUGGCUUCCGAGAUAGUCGCAUACCGUAGGCGCUUUCUUCAAGAUCCGUCACGAGUCUUGCCCCUGUAA